AUGAAGCUCGCAAGCUUCAUCUCGUGGAUUAUCAUUCCUUUCUUCAUCAGUACUGCAGCAGCCCAACAGGCAUGCCUUGAUGGAUUCAAUCAAUGUUCGCCCGCCGGGGCCUCUAGCAGAGAAGUCCCUGUCAUUGGUCCAGAUCUUGCCAGAUUCUACCUUGAGUUGAUCUACACCAUCGUUGGUCUGCCUGCUGGCGAAAACUCAGUCCAGGAGGCCGCUGUCAUCAGACGCACUGACUACGGCGACUCAUUGUGUUGUGCCGUCGGGUCGGCAUGUGAGAUGAUCCAGAGCUUCAAGAUCGCGUUCUGCUGGGAUCGAUUCACCACAAGCUACUUCCUGCCUGACGGAUCCUAUGGCUCUGCUUCGAACGGUAGCUAUAGAACACCUCAGGGCGACACCGCGAACUUGAUCACGGGAGAAUAUCAUAUGCAAGAUGGAACUGUGGGCAACAUGUACGAUGAGUCGCCAGCCGAUAAGCCCGAGUCAUCAGACCUCCCUCUGCCGACUCCAUACACAAGCGCCGGUGUGGGUGCCGCCAUCCCUGCCAGUCAAUUGGGCGCGCAGCUGUCCCAGACCCUGACGGCCACGAUCAGCACAGCCAGUCCGCAGUCGACCUCUUCGACAAGCAGUACGUCUCCAGAAACUACCACAGUCUCCUCAACCAGCGCCUCUUCUGGUACGACCAUGACUUCGCCUAGUCUCCCAAUCACGACUUCGUCAACUUCAGCCGCCACAUCCUCAGAACCAGCCCCUAUCCCUCAGACAACACUGCCAACUUCAACAGCCUCUUCCGAUGUACCGUCUGAAACUACAUCUCACUCAAGCGUUGAGUCUGCCAGCUCGACCGACAGCACUCUGACUUCGGGUGGCAGUGGAGGUGUUGUGGCACCCACUGCUUCGGGAAUGACAGGGACACCGGGCGCAUCGUCCUCCAGCGUCAACGGCAGUUGGCCCAUUAUUCCUCCUAUCACUAAUUUAGCCGCAGCCACUGUCGUGUACUGCAUGGCAGCGAAAGUGCUGGUCUGGCUGGUAGCCGCUAUUAUGGUUUGA